UUCUUCCUUUCACUAAAAAAGAUUAAAAAAAAAAAAAAGAAAAAAAAAAACCAAACAAGAGAGAGGUAGAGAGAGAGAGAGAGAGAGACUGAUCAACAUCUGAAAACCAUGAGUAGUAAAACCACACCGACUUCAAAUGAUCAUCAAUGGAUUGAAUGCUUGCCACAAACCUUCCUAGAUUCUCAACCUUCGUCACUCAACGGAUUUUUAGAUUCUACCCCAACUGCUAGAUCUGGCACUACUGCAUCCAAACCAAUCAGAAGAAGGUCCAGAGCUUCCAAGAAGACACCCACAACCCUUCUUAACGCCAACGCCAACAAUUUCCGAGCCCUGGUUCAGCAAUUUACAGGAUGUCCCAGCAAUCCCAUCUCCUUUAGGAACCAAAAAGGCCCUGUCAACCUUAACUUUGGCCUCAAGAAUGCAACUCCACUGAUAGAGCCUCUGGGAAAGCCUUAUGAUUAUCAUGAUUUUCAGUCUCAGACAGUACAGCCACAGCAGCAUCAGCACCAACAGUCCCAUUUCGAAGAGACAGACCAAGUUCUCCACGACCAGCAAAUGUGCAGAUCACUGAUGGUUUUGAUGUGGAGAAUGAUGUAUCUUUGCAUGACUAUGCAUUCUCCAGUAAUGAUGGUUACUUGAUGUUGUGAGAUGAUAAAGAAGAAGUACUACGUUUUUUUCUGAGAGAGCAAUCAAUGAGAUAUCGAGAUCUUCUCUCUCAUUCUAAUUGGUUAAUUGUAUUGUAUCAGAUUAGUUCUUUUCUAUAUAUUUUAGAUUAUACACUCUUUUGGUGAAGAAAUCUAUAUCUAUGUAUUUGUCUAUGAAUAUCAAGCUUUAUUCCUUGAUUUAUGAAUCCAAGUUUCAGUCAGAAGCAUGUGUAUAUAGAUCAUUAAAAUAAAAAGAAAAAGUAAAAGAAGAAAAGGUUUUAUGUUUUCCUUGA